AUGGUCUGGGAGCUGUCGAAAUUCGAGCUCAAGACCAACCACUACGGCCACACUGGCUACGUCAACACCGUCUCUGUCUCUCCCGAUGGUUCGCUCGCGGCGUCGGGCAGCAAGGACGGUAUCACGAUGCUGUGGGGCCUCAACGAGGGCAGGCACCCUUACUCCCUCGAGGCUGGCGACAUCGUCAAUGCAGUUGUCUUCUCCCCCGACCGCUACUGGCUGUGCGCAGCAACAGCAACUUGCAUCAAGAUCUUUGACUUGGAGAGCAAGUGCGUCCCUAGACGGCCGGACGCUCUUCGGUGGCUUCACAGCUGGCUUCGUCCGUGUGUGGUCCGUCGUGUCAUAAGUCUCUACACUACCUAUGUACAAAGUGUGAUUUAUGGCGUCGGAUGGCGGUCUGGAGUGCAGGAGUAG